CGCUUUAAUACACGUGUUUUGAGUUUUGAGAGAUCAUAAUUGGAUCGUUAACGGCUUAUCGAAGUAAAUUUGAACAAAUGUAACUCACGUACGAACAAAUGUAAGUCACGUGAUAGUGAUAAGAAACGUGACAGUUUGAGUUUCAACUUCGCAAAUAACGAGUACAGUGAAAGAAAAUUAAUACAUAUAGUGGAUAAUGCACGGUCAUAUUCACAGAUAAUGCAGUUAAUGGAUAUAAGCAAAAGAUCCCGCCUAUAUCAAAUUCUCAUAAAUCAUUUAUGACAAUCUUUAUCCACUGAUCCACAUAGUAAAAUUAAAAACAGAAGUUUAUAGUUAAAUUAUAUUUAUAAUUAAAAAGAAUAGAAAAUCUUAAAUUAGUACCUUGACUAAGAAGGAUUUGGUAUCUUCCGUGAAGACACUGUUUUGCAAAAAUGGUGAAAGAAGCAUCAGGUGAAUCUGCAAGAGAGAUACAAUUAAUAAAUUCAGAUGAUGAAGGAUCCAUUCGCUUGCCAUCUGAUAAUCAGCAAAAGCCAAUGGACAAGGUACAAAUGAAAAAGCAAUUAGGCCUUUUGGAAGGAGUCGCUAUUAUAUUGGGAAUUAUAUUUGGCUCAGGCAUUUUUAUCUCGCCGAAGGGAGUAAUACAGGAAGUGGGUAGUGUAGGAUUAUCUCUGAUUAUAUGGGUGCUGUGUGGUCUGCUCUCUAUGAUAGGUGCUUUGUGUUAUGCGGAGUUGGGUACUAGCAUACCUCGCAGCGGAGGAGAUUAUGCUUAUAUUCACGAAGCCUUUGGAGCAUUGCCUUCAUUUUUGUAUUUAUGGGCCGCUAACUUAAUUUUUGUACCUACGACAAAUGCUAUCAUGGGACUAACGUUUGCUCAGUACGUCGUACAACCAUUUUUUCCUAAUUGCACCACUCCAGAUGACGGUGUGCGACUAAUCGCUGCGCUGAGCAUAUGCUUACUCACUUUCAUCAAUUGCUACGAUGUAAAAGAGACGUCAAAGAUGCAAAAUAUAUUUAUGUUUGCUAAAAUUGGAGCAUUGGUGAUUAUUAUUAUAGCUGGAUUAGUCUGGCUUUGCUUAGGGCACAGGGAAAACUUCAAGAACAGUUUUGAAAACACGAAUACCGAUCCUGGCAAAAUUGCUGUAGCCUUCUACUCUGGCAUAUUUUCUUACUCGGGAUGGAAUUAUUUGAAUUUUAUGACGGAAGAAUUAAAAAAUCCUUAUGUAAAUUUACCACGUGCCAUUUACAUAUCACUGCCGUUGGUCACCUUAAUAUAUGUUAUGGCAAAUGUCGCUUAUCUGACCGUUUUAACUCCUACUGCUAUGCUUGCUUCCAACGCCAUCGCUGUGACUUUCGGUAAUCAACUUCUCGGAUAUAUGGCCUGGAUAAUACCUUUAAUGGUAGCUGUGUCCGCUUUCGGAGGGUUGAGCGUUCACAUUAUGACGUCAUCCAGAAUGUGCUUUGUUGGCGCCAGGAACGGCCACUUCCCCUCUAUGCUGAGCCACAUCAACAUGUCCAGGCUCACACCUACGCCUGCCUUAAUAUUUCUGUGUAUUCUGUCUCUCGUAAUGUUGUGCACAGGUGAUAUAUUUGUACUGAUCACAUACUGCAGUAUAGUAGAGUCUUUCUUCAUCAUGCUCUCCGUAGCUGGAGUUUUAUGGCUGCGUUAUAAAAGACCUGAUAUGGAACGACCGAUCAAGGUACCAUUAUGGAUACCUAUAGUGUUUGUAGCGUUAUGCGCUUUUCUGGUUGUUGUACCAUGCUACGAAAGACCAUACGAAGUCGGUAUGGGCAUUCUGAUCACCGUGUCUGGCAUACCCGCGUAUUUCUUCGGUGUUGCUUGGAAAAGGAAACCUUUGUGGUUCCAGAAAAUUAACAUUAAAGCUACUUACGCUGUACAGAAGUUAUUUCUGUCUGCAAGGGAAGAACUCGAAAUCGAUUAAGUAAGCAGCAAUUUUACAAUUAAAUUCGGUCGAAUGUACGAACGUACACCGAAUACACAUUUACCAAAGAAAUUUUGAGAUUUGAAAAAGAAACUCAUAAUUUUACAUAUGAAUACUAAAAUUGAAAAAAGUAUAGAAUAUCAAGAAUCUCUCGAAAAAGAUAUAGUUUUAAAAGUUAAAGGAUAAUAGGCAACUAGAGAAAUUCUCUAAAAGUACUUAUAUCUACAGAUUACAAAAGUGAAGUGAAAGAACAGUAAAUGAUCUGUAUUGCGAAUAAGAUAAUCUGAGAAAUGCAUUUUAUGAUUCUUAGGCUACGGUCAACGUGACGCUACAAAUGCUUUGGAGCGUUCUUCUUCUCUUUCUUUCUUCAUUGAAAGAAAAGAGAAGAGGAAUGCUUCGAAGCAUCUGUAGCGUCACGUUGACCGUAGCCUUAAUAUUGCAAAAGGUGUGUCUUUCGUUUUCUUUUGUGUGCUCCAGUAUUAUUAAUAUAUUCAAUUAAUUUAUGAUCAAUUUUUUAUUCUAUUGUAUAUCAAAUAUUUACAAAAUAUUCAUGUGUGAGAAAGUUUCGUAAGUAUUUAUGUAUUGUAAAAACUGUAUUUUGAUAAUGUCAGUAUAUUGCAACAAAAAAUAUAUAUAUAUAAUUAUAUUAAAUAGAUUGCAUUGUAAAAUACUUCUUAUUCAUCCCCAACUUUCUAACAUCCUUCUAACUGAACACAUCGUUUUCUUCCGUUUCUAUUUCACUAGGAGAAUUAUAAUUAUUGUUAAAAUUAUUGAAAAGAUGGUAGA